AUGAUAUCAGGCCCUUCACAACCUGGCAAUGAUAUUGAUGUAUACUUAGCUCCUCUUAUUGAUGAUUUAAGUAAAUUGUGGUAUGACGGUGUUAAUGCAUAUGAUGCCUAUAGGAAUGAAGCAUUCAAUCUUAGGGCCAUGUUAUUGUGGACAAUCAAUGAUUUUCCUGCUUUCGGGAAUCUUUCUGGCUACAGUGUGAAAGGUUAUAAUGCAUGUCCUAUCUGUGAAGAGAAAACAUGCUCUCGCUAUUUAACACAUUCGAGAAAAAUUUGUUAUAUGGGACACCGAAAGUUUUUGCCACCCGAACAUGUAUUUCGGACCUGGAAAAAGGCAUUUGACGGUCAGCAAGAAUUUGAAAUGCCUCCCCCACCUUUAAGCGGAAGACAAUUGGUAGAAAAAUUGAAUAAAAUUCAAUUCAAUCUUGGAAAGCGAAAGUCAAAAUCGAAGAAAAGAAAAGGAGGUAAGGGUGUCACAAAUGAACCUCAGGGACCGUGGAAGAAAAAAUCAAUAUUUUUUGAGCUUGAGUAUUGGGAGCAUUUGGUUUUACGUCACAAUUUAGAUGUGAUGCAUAUUGAGAAAAAUGUCUCAGAUAGCUUAAUUAAUACCUUGUUUAAUAUUCCUGGUCGGAGUAAAGAUGGAAUUAAAUCCCGUCUAGAUUUGAAAGAGAUGGGGAUUAGAGGAAAUUUACAUCCAGAAAUUAUUGGUAAACGAACUUUUUUACCACCGGCGUGUUAUGCCCUGACUAAGGAAGAAAAACGAUCUUUCUGUACAUCAUUGUCUCACGUUAAAGUACCCGAAGGGUAUUCUUCAAAUAUCUCCAAUUUGGUAGAUAUGGACAAAUUAAUUUUGUCCGGACUGAAGUCUGACGAUCAUCAUAUACUGAUGCAACAUAUUCUGCCGGUGAGUAUCCGUUCUGUUUUACCUAAGAAAGUUCACUAUGCCAUCACCAGGUUAUGUUUAUUCUUUAAAUCUCUUUGUUGCAAAGUGGUAGAUGUGUCAAAGUUGGAAAAUCUCCGAUUAGAAAUUGUUGAAGUGUUGUGUUAUUUAGAACAAUUUUUUCCUCCAUCCUUUUUUGACAUAAUGAUCCACUUAACUGUUCAUCUGAAUUUUGUUCGGUACUUCUUGUCAAAUGUAGCAACUGUUGGGUCGUGUCUUCCUAGAUUUGAUAAUGAAAUUAGUAAAGGGGGUCGGGGUGUUUCUGUUUGCGACGUAAGUCGAGCUGAUCGAGAGGAAGCACACCGACUCGUUUUGCAAAAUGUUGAUGAGGUUCAACCGUACAUUGAGAAACAUUUUGAUUGGAUCAAGACUACUUAUCCUAGUAAGUCGAGGAACCACAAAUGGGUGCAAGAUGAACAUUAUCGAAAUUUUAGUACAUGGUUGAAAGAAAAGGUGAUUGUGGAAAUGAGUGACUCCCCGAACAAUGUAUCUCAGUUGCUACUUUCGAUAUCGCAUUUUCCUUCAUUUACUGUACUAAAGUAUCAAUCAUACUACAUAAAUAGUACUCAAUUUAACACGAAAGAUCGUGAUGCUUCUAGAAAAACACAAAAUAGUGGUGUCAUGAUUGUUGCUAGUGCUAUCCAAGUAGCUAGUUCAAAAGACAAAAACCCUAUUGAAUGUGAUAUGACCUUUUAUGGUGUAAUCAAAGAAAUUUGGGAAUUAGAUUACAUUAGCUUUCGAAUCCCUGUUUUUCUUUGUGAUUGGGUGAGGAGUGAUAAUGGAGUUAAAGAAGAUGAGUUUGGAUUCAAGCUAGUGGACUUGAAUCGAGUAGGACACAAGUCUGAUCGAUUUAUAAUGGCAUCCCAGGCAAAACAAGUAUUUUAUAUGAGUGACCCAAUAGAUGGUCGCUGGUCAGUUGUUCUAACAACACAACCAAAAGAUUAUGAUUACCAAGAGUCUGGUGGAGAUUUAUAUCUCAAUGAUAAAACUUUUGAAAUCAAUCCACCACCAAUUGAUGUCGCCGUUCGGGACGAAAUCAUUUCUUCUCGGGAAGACGGUGAAGGAUUAUGGAUUGAGUAAACUAUCAAUCUAUAAAUAUUGGUGUGUUUUGUUUUAUAUUAUUUUAUAUUUUUUUGCGCCUAAUCUAAAUUUCUGUGUUAAUUUUAUGUAUUAUUAUUUUGCUUUAAUGUGUAGGUACAUUGACUAUAGAUGACCCCGG